CAAGCAUCUUAGUAGUCAGUUGUCAAUCCUGCAUUGUUCAUUGCAGACCGCACCUUUCUUCCCCUUUGCAAUUGGUUGGUGUUCAUACGCUGCUCAUAGCGAUGACUGAAGCGCUAUUCCACUCACGAGGAAAGAAGCUCUGAUGCCUCGGACAAGGGGAAAGCAUGCAAGGGCAGCAAAAGCCGCUUCAGGAAGAGAAUGAGGAGAAGACGCGAGUGGCUCCCGGUCAGUCCCUGAAGCCUGCCACAAGCGAUGUCUUCCAGAGGCUUCAUGCCUCCCAUGCUGCCAGAAUGGAAAAGUUGAGCGCAAUGAAGGAGCUGGCUGAGCGAGAAGAAGCUGAGAGGUUGCAAGAGUUGCGGCGACGCACCAUCCGUACCUGUUCUUCAGAAGAUGAGGCAGGGCAGAUCUAUGGGCGCCUCUACCAGGAGGCCGAACUGCAGAGGCAGCGCCGCGAGCUGCGAGAGCAGCAGGAUGAGGCCGCUUCGACGUCCACGCCCACCAUUUCUUCCAAGAGUCAGGACCCACCUCGAUGGGAGCAGCUUUACAACAGCGCCCCACUGAAGGAGAAGCGCCUGGGAGAAGAGCGCCAGAAGGCGCACGAAGAAGAGGAGAAGUGGCUGGCGCAGAACUGCAUCCAUCGAAGUGUUGCUGAUGUUCAUCCAGAUGAGAUCUUCCAACGGCUCUACCAUGAGAAGUUCCGUCGGGAGAACCGAAUGGAGAAGCUCCGGGCUGCAAAUGCUGCAAGCCAAGCACAGCAGCUGGCAUCUGGUUCCGUCCACGCAAGCUGCCAACUCUCCGAAGCUGAGCUGAUGGAUCGGACGAGGCGCCUCUACGAGGAUGGAUUGCAGCGACUGGAGCGAUUGGAGGUCGCCCGGCAGCAGAACAACCAGCAGCGGAAGGACCAGGCUCCCCGCCGCAGUGUCUCCAGUGGCCCCUCAAGGUUCGAAAUGCUCUACAGUGAUGCCAGCCGCCGUGAAGAGGAUCGGAGGCAUUUGCAGGACGGGGUGCUUUUGCACACUGGUCCGCAGCCCAAAAACAUCAAGAAAGCCUCCUGCGCUGGCGUUGGCCAACUUGGGUCACCUGAAGAUUAG